GCGGAAGCGGAAACGGAUCUGCCUGGCUGUGCCUGUGCCUGUGUGUAUGUAUGUGUGUGUGUGUUUGUGUGGGUCUGUGUCCCUCUCCCUCAGGACAGCAACAACCACAACAACAACAACAAACGACAACAACCCGAGGGAGGCGGAGCGGCGCCAGAGGGAGGCAGAGAGCGGGAGGAGGGGAACCCUGAGGGACACAGACUGAGGCAGAGGCCCCCUCCCCCCCCCCGCAGAGACUGAGACACAGGGGGAGGGGCAGCUCCAGGAGAAAUGGAGGAUUCACACUACAACAGUAAUUACUUCUGGACCCCGAUCCCGACAAUGGCAGGACAGUUCGAGAACGUGAUGUUCAUCAACAAGAUCAAGGAGCAGCUGAUGACGGAGAAAUCGUGCGCCCAGGCCAUGAGCGCUGCCUCCCCCGGCCCCCAGGCCGCAGGCCCGCAGCCCCCGAGCUCCCAGCCCGCCGGGCCUCCAUCUCAACAGCAACAGCAGCAGCCGCCCGCCCCCCUUCAGUCUUACCCCGCGGCUCUGGUUGGCUCGGGCCACACCGACCCUCCCAGCGGCACUGCCAGCGACGGGAACCCGCCUCCGGCCUCCGACAACGUCGCCGUGCUCCCCCUCCCCUCCUCUGCCCUCAUGACAGGCCUGGUAAUCACGUCGCCGAGCUCCAGCCUCUCGUCGUCGAGCGGGGGCCUUAGCCCCCUGGCCCACGCGCCCCCGACUUUCUCGCUGGCCGGGGCGCCGGCCAUGAUCGUGUCGGGCCUGGCACCGGCGCUGUCGGGCGCGGACAAGAAAGGGCCUGCCGAGGAGGCCCAGCAGGCUCAGGCCCAGGCCAAGGCGGCGGGAGGCAAGAAACGCAAAGGGCGGCCCAGCGAGGCGGCGCUCAGCGACUCAGAGGACCCCUAUGCAGUGCCCAACGACGACGAAGUGGGCAAGGACGGGAAAGCCUACAGGUGCCGGGUGUGCCCCCUGAGUUUCCUGUCCAAGUCGGAGAUGCAGGUCCACAGCAAGUCCCACAGCGAAUGCAAACCCCACCACUGCCCACACUGCUCGAAGACCUUCGCCAACACCUCCUAUUUGGCACAGCACGUGCGCAUCCACUCGGGCGCGAAACCCUACAGCUGCAGCUUCUGCCAGAAAACCUUCCGGCAACUCUCCCACCUACAGCAGCACACACG